CUGGCUCAGCACCUUCUGCCAACAGCCACUGGACGAUGUGGAUGGUGAUGUUUCUGCUGGCUGCCAAACUCUCUUUAGGGUGCGGCACGGAGGACCUGCUGACACCUGACCACUACAGUGUGAGAGAAGCAAACACCAGGGCUCUACAGAGUGUUUCCUCGGGGUCUGUUUCUCUCUUUGAUACCAAAUUGGUGGAGGAGAGAAUGAGAGACGACACCGACUCCAAAGGGCACCCGAGAGUGAGGUUUCCUCAUCACUUUGGAGGCCAUAAAGACGUGAGAAGAGUACUAGACAACACUGACAGGCGAGAACACUUACCUGUAGAUAUUCUCUUGUCACUAAAGCCAACAAUUCUAGAGGACAAGAUUCCUGUCAUUCUUCACGACUCGGAGAGAAUGACCGUGAGUGUCCUCGACCAGUACCUUCACGCCCGACCUCACCUCCCCACUGUGAUCUGUGACAUCUCUGACGACGCCCUCCUGAAGGCGGAUUGGUUGGAUCAAUACAACGCGGCGUUGUUCCUCCAUAUCCUUCUCUUCAGCUCAGUAAAUAUUGUGGAGUCUUUUGCAAAGGGACUUCCAGAGCGGAUGUGGAUCCCGAGUCACCUCCUGCUAAUUAACGUCAACGCCUCCGUCGACGCUUCCCGUCUAUUGGCUCAGGAGAACUUCAGCUACAGUCCUUCCCUCACGCUGCUGCAGCCUGACAUGAGGAAAGAAGAGACCCGCUACCUCAUCCUCACUCACGAGAUCUUCCGCCCCAACAAUAAGAUCACCAGUCAUGGCGUAUUCAGUUUUGACCAUCGGCAGACCUACUCCACUGUCUUUCCCGACCGGUUCUCCACCUUCUAUGGGUAUAACCUGCACCUGGCUAGCUGGGUUAAUGACUUCCCUUACUUGGUGCCCGGCACCACGCUGGAACAAACCUCAGGGAUAUGUGCCAACAUGCUCGGCGAGAUCUCUCAAAAACUGAACUUCAGCGUGACUUACUACACGGAGCCUGACGACCACCUGUGGGGUGAGGAGGUGAACGGGUCGUGGGUCGGUAUGAUCGGUGAAGUCUGGCGCCGGGAGAAGGACCUGUGUGUCAACGUGAUGGUCAUCCAACACGACAGGUUCGAGGCGGUCGACUUCAGUGUGUCCUACUUCAUGGACUCCUUCAGUUUCCUGAUUCGUAACCCCCUUCCUCCCCCUCGCUGGUGGUCCAUAGUGCUGCCCUUCACGUGGCAGACGUGGGUGGGUGUGCUCGCAUCUGUCAUCGUCGUCUCGGCAGUCCUCGUCUUCAUCCUCAAAUUACUCUCUCAGCUCAGGGUGGGGGGUGUGGCUAGAAGCAUCAGCGUGAGUGGGGUGGUGCUCGAGGUGGUGAGGACGUUGCUGAGACAGGAUAUCAAACACCCACCUUCCAUGUCCUCCGUCAGGGUGUUUGAGGGUAUGUGGCUCCUGCUGGCUAUGGUCAUCUCCAUCUCCUACACGGGGAACCUGGUGGCCUACAUCACCGUACCUGGCAAACCUCAACGUCUCGCCACCCUCAAGGAACUGGCCGAGUCCUCCUUCACGCCGAGUAUGGUAGACUAUGGAAACUUCGUACCUGCCGCUCUCCGCUCCUCCCAGGACCCGGUCUUUAGUGCUCUGGGGAGGAGGAUGGAACUCGUCCCCAACUAUGGCUACGACUUGGGUUUCCAGCAGGUGAGGGAGGGUACACAUGCCUUCUUGGAGGGGACGGAGUACUUCCGCUACCUAGUGAUCUUAUACCACAUGGCCGCCACCACCUACUUCAUGCCAGAGACCGUCUACCCAGUGCAUGUAGGCUGGAUCUACCCCAAGAACACACCAUGGAAACACAAGUUCGACCCCUACCUGCAGGCCUUUGUGGAGUCUGGUCUAUGUCACUACUGGAAGAAGCUGUUGGUGGCAGACUUCUUGAGGGAAAUGAACGAGAGCCUCCAGAACGAACCUCCCGAGCCGCCUGUCAGGGCCCUUAGUCUCCAGGACUUACAGCUUGCUGUGUCACAUGCUACGUGCGAGAAAAUGCCACGGCACUUAGAGUUCAUGAUUAAGGAAAUAUAUAACUGGUUUUGUCAUUCUUCUGUCCGUCAGGCUAAGUACAAAGAACUCUAUGAAACUAUUAAUGAUGGUGUACCACCUUUGAAAUUGAUACAGCUGUGUCAGACUCGCUGGUUAUCUAUUGAGCGCGCUGUGGGGAGAAUUCUACAACAAUGGCUCGAGCUGAAGACCCACUUCCAGGUAGCAAAACUACAAGAAAGAUGUUACACAGCAGAACUUUUGCACUCAAUGUUAGAUGAUGAGGAAAAUCAUGCAUUUCUCUUAUUUCUUAGGCCAGUGCUUGCAGAGGUACAAGCUGUAAACCUGGCCUUUGAAGCAGAAAUGCAGGACCCAACAAAACUGAUGAAGGAUUUGGUUUUACUUAUUGAUUCAUUGGGCUCUAAGAUACUGACUCCCGGGAAAAAACUCUCAAACUGCACUGUUAUUGAAGAACACUUGGAUCCUAGGCCAUACUUGGGCUUUCAGUUCGAAAAAAAAAUGGAUGAAUGCAAGCUUCCCCCACAGGUUGAAAGCAUUGCUAUAUAUGGGUCAGGUUGGCUUAGCAACAUACUCUCGUCAUCUCCAGCCCCGGACUUGAGACGAUGUUGUCAGGUGAUUCCGGCCGAGGGUAAAAAGCUGAAUCAAGUGUCUGCCAAACUCGUGGCCCUUGUUCCCAUGUCGUCUUCAACAUCACGUGUCACUGGGAAAACCUCGUGUCAGUACCAUCCUCUGCACGUGAAUGUCACUUAUUCCAUGACAGUUUGA